AUGGAGCUGUCGGAGUUUUCGCAGUCGAUGCAAGAUGCACUCAUGCUCAGGCGCAUUCCCACAGAGGGCGGGGAUGUAUCGUCUGUGACGCCGGUGGUCGUUUCUGGACUGCCUGGCUGGCUUGAGGGUACCACCUUUCCAGUCGAACUGCGCCAACGUGUGCAAGAGGAGCUGGAGAUUCUGGGGCUGGUUCAAAGCCCGGUGGUGGCGCUGCUGUGGCCUGCCAGCGCCAGCCGCGCCAGCGCCGUGACCAAGAAAAAGACUUUGCGCCGUGGGUAUUCCACUGCCUCUGCCCUGUACCCCAGCCGGCCAAACAAGCUGUGUGAAGCGUCCGGCAUCUCCUUAAGCAUCCGUCUGGUUUCCGACAGCCCGUGGCCUUUGGUGAAGUCCGUCGCGGUCGAGUGCAACAUGGAAUUUGGCAGAGUUGUUCGACAGACAACCUCGCACAUAUCCGAUGCUGACUGGGCUGAAGACGUUACGUCGGCACGACAGCACUGGCAACAGCAGCUUCUGGCGGGCUUGUCCAAGUACUCUGAGAAUUUGGAGGUGCAACUGCCAAGAAAAGCAUUGUCGUCAACCAGCCAAACUCUUGCAAGCCGUACACGUCCUGAAGAAUCCCUCUGGCGGAAGCACGGGCCCAAGGCCCUAGCCAUUCUACUGUCUGAGCUGAUCGUGAAUGGUGCAAUGCACGAUGCCGCGACCCACCUGGAGGGCACGAUGCUCGAAACGAUGCGCUCCAACCUUCCGUUCUUCCCCGAGGGCCCCUUGGACUUCGAGGAGCACUUCCCGCCCUUGCAGCUCUCGGACGCCUACAUAGAAACGGAGAAGCAGCGAAGCCCCGAGCUGUUCCUUCGACUGGCAGCAGUGGUCUGGACAGCAGCCUCGCAUGGAGUGGCGGCCUUGGACCAAGCCCUUGGGGCUUUGCGGAAAGGCAGCGUCCCAUUGGACCGGGUGGCUCUGAACACGCCGGUGAUGUAUCGCUCCGGAGGCCGAAGCAGGAGCUUGACCGGACCGCUGCUCAUGUUCGUCGUCGACCAGAUGACUCUGCACCAGUCGUCGAAACACAUCGUCCAGGCAGUGGUGGCUGGCAACGCUGACGUGAAUUCGAGUUAUGUCCUUUUCCCCACCGGGAAGCACAAGGCAAUAGCCAAAUUUCCGGUGCUCUGCCUGGCCGGCAACCGCCGGGCACUCGACUUCGCGGAAGCUUUGCUGGAGCGGAAGGCGGAUGCCAACCGCGAGAUUACUCUGAACUACUUCCCGAACGGAGGCAAUCCUCUUUGGAGCGCCGUCUGGGGCAGCAACAAUGCCAUGAUCCGGCUCCUCCUCGGCUUCGGCGAUGCGAACGUGAACAUACACGCCUGGCACCCCGAUGCGCCGCCUCUGACAGGCCAGCCGCGUGAGGUUCAACUGCUUUCCCUGGCCUCUACGGCUCUCGACUCCGAGCAUGUCCACCUUCUGCUGGAGUGCAAUGCUGACUUUCAAGAGGAGCUGUCGUCCACCUUCGCACUGUGCCACGCAGAUGUGAGCAAGUUGCUUGCAAGCCAUGUGGCCUACCGCCACCCUGAGGCGCUUGUCCAGCGGUGCGACGAGCUGGAGGGGACGUGCGGCAUUUGGAUCGAUUGGGCCUUCCAGGAGAUCGCCCGUGACGACGCAGCCAAGAGGCGCUUCCGGGUCGCGCUGGACAGAGCCUCGGUGCUGCGCGAGGCGCACGACUCCCUGAUCCGGUUCACCUGCGAUCUGAUCCAGCGCCUGCCGAGUGCGGCGUCCGAGUUGUUGGAUGGGAUUUGCUUGCAGACGCCAAAGGUGCAGGAGCCUGCGCGUCAUCCGUUGCGGACUCGAUGCGUUUUCCAGGCGAGCAACUUUCGCACGGCCUACAUCACGGAGACGGUCUGGAAGCCUAACGGCACCAGGUUCCAGGACCUGUUGGCGCCUCCCGGGCCCGAGUCCCGGCCUUGCUGCGGCCUGGGACCCUCCGUGGAGUCCAUGGACUUCUGCGACGUUCUGCUGGUGGGCUUCCCCGGCUUGAUCGACGGGCGCGUGCUGCGCGCGCUGCGGUCACUGCCGCGGCGCACGCUCAUUCCGCUCGUCCAGGAAAGCAUCGUGUUCCAAGGUUUGAUCGAAUACAUUUGGACAUCGCGUGUGCGCCUCUAUCACUAUGUCAAGUCCCUGCAAACGGUUGUCCAGCUUGGCAUCCUGCUUCUGUGGUGGCAGACUCGGAGCCAGCAACUUGUGGCCAUGUACUGGGGCCUAUUCAUGGGGAUUCUGGCAACGCAGUUGUCCGGCCUGGUGCUGUGCAUCUGCCGACUGGAGCUUCCUUACAUCUUGGCUGUCUUCCAGUCAGGCUAUGGCUUGCGUCUAGUCUUCGCCAGCUGGGGUGCCUGGUACGAACUCCCACUGUCAGAGUACAAGUCGCCCCUUGCAGUCAACGUGGCAUUAUGUAUAACGGUGAUUGUGUACGACUGCCGCGUUCUGAAGCCUUUUGGCCUUCCUGUUGGCCAAAGCCUGCUGCCAAUCCUCAAUGCUGCCGGCAGCCUGGAGUUUGCAGCAAUGUCAGCAGUGAUAAGUCUGGCACUUCUGGCCACGUUCCUUUACGUCUGCAUUGAGUUCGAGGAAGACUUGGGAUUUCCGUCCAAUGCCUUCCAGACCUGGCAAACUCUGAUUGUUGGGGAGCCAACGUUGGUUGACGCAAGAGUUUCCCCGCAGGAUGUGAUUCGCUACCUUUCCGUGUCUGCAUGUUUCCUUGUGUGCAACACCGUGUUGAUGAAUAUCUUCAUCAACGUGACGGGCGCUUCAUAUCUGCAGGAAAGAGCCAGUGUUGUGGGCACAUUUGCCGUGGAGCGGUUGCGUAUUUGUGUGGCAAGCACGUCAGUCUCCACAUGUGUGCGGCGUUCUGUAAUGGGAACCUUUACGCUCAUGUGGUCGCUGUGGCUCACCUACAUUCUGCUCACCGCCGAGUUCUCGGGUGCCGUGCCAGUGAUCGUCGCCAUCGUCACAUUCUACUUCACGUUCUUUUGCGCCGGGCGCGCAGCGAAGGCAGCCGUGGCGGACCUCGACUCCGAGUUCUCCGAGCUGCGGUAUUUGUGGAUUUGCCGCCGGGCGAAUCGACCCGGCGCCUCUGUGACCUCGCAGACCCGACCCGGGCAGCAGAGCGCCCUGGAGCAGGUCCGGGCACUCCAGGCCCGCUUCAGGAAGGCAAAGGACGAAACCGAGUCGGUCGUGGAAGUUUGA